GGACAUUGUGCAAAACUUCCGCACAGACCGAACGAGAUCUUCCACUUCCGAUAAACAAACCGGCCGGCGAUAUUCCAAUUCCUGAACUUCACCAAAAGCGGGGAAAUCAAAACAUUGAAACGAGGGAAUCGUGAAUUCUGCUGCAAAUUAAGUGGAAUAAAUUAAAUACAGUCGCUUAUUGAAGUGCAGUUGAGCUGUAAAAUGCCUCCCAAGUUGAAAUUUACAGAAGGUGAGAAGGUUCUCUGCUUCCAUGGGCCGCUGAUCUACGAAGCCAAACUAUUGAAAAGUAUGGUCACGAAGGAAAAACAAGUUAAAUAUUUCAUUCAUUACGCUGGCUGGAAUAAGAACUGGGACGAAUGGGUUCCAGAAAAUCGUGUCCUGAAAUACAACGAAGCGAACGUUCAGCGCCAGCAGGAAGUAAACAAUUUACACUCGUCCUUAGCAGCGAAGAACAAAAAGACCAACGUCAAGGCUAAAAAGGCAGACACCAGCACCGGCGGGCCUUCGAGCAAAGAUAGCGACUCGCGAGCUUCGACACCUUCCAAAGAGAUUGCAAAAGACAAAGAAUCUCCUGCCACUGCACCGGCAUCUGGAUCUGUCACUCCGACCGUAUCCGGAUCGAGCACUUCAUCCAGCACUGCAUCUACCAGUCGUAGUAGAGCUUCGACAAAAGCGGGAAACACACCUGCCCCACCAGCCAAGGACAAAUCGGAGGAGAAGGAAGCGCCAACCACAGAGAAACGUAAAUCGGAAGAUGGCGGAGAAGGUCUUGCUUCUAGCCGGAAGAAACGAGGUCGAAGCGACACCACUGCCUCAAACGUAGAAUCGGAGGAACAGUUCGUCUCUAAGGUAGAGGUAAAAAUCAAAAUUCCCGACGAGUUGAAGCCGUGGCUGGUUGACGAUUGGGAUGCAAUUUCGAGACAGAAUAAACUAGUGGAGCUUCCCUGCAAAACAACGGUCCAUGAGAUUGUGGACAACUACGUCCAGUACAAGAAAUCUAGCAAAGCUUCAACGGCAACAAAGGAAAACGCCGUACAGGACAUCGCCAACGGUAUCAUUGAGUACUUCAACGUUAUGCUCGGUUCGCAGCUGUUGUACAAAUUCGAACGUCCACAAUAUGCCGAGAUGAUUCAGAACCAUCCGGGACGUCCGAUGGCAAAGAUCUACGGAGCAUUCCAUUUGCUUCGGCUCUUCGUGAAACUGGGUUCAAUGCUGGCAUUCACGGCCCUGGACGAGAAGGCCAUCCAGACGCUGAUCGGGCACAUUCAGGACUUUCUAAAGUACUUGGUCAAGAACAGUUCAACGUUGUUCAACAUGCAGCAGUACGUCAACACCAGCCCGGAGUAUCAUAGAAAGGCUCAAUGAUUUUCGAUUAAAUUACGGCCUUUCGAAAUUGAUAAAUGAAUCGUGUAUUAAGAAUAUUGACUUUCUUAUGUUAAGAUUAUGACUGUAUUGUUUUAAAUUAACAAUCACUUAAUGUCUAGUUUUAUUUUACAAUAGAAAAUAAUACAUGCGAUUAUGAAUUCAA